UAAAACCUCCCAUCGUUAACAGCAAAGGAGGUUUGACUGUUUGAGCGUCCCCGGUGAAGCGAGAGGCAUUAUUUUCCCUGACAUUUUUCUUUCUUCUUUCAAAAAUGCUCGAGGAGGUCCAAAGGCAUUCGGUGCACACGCUACUGUUCAGAUCUCUAAAAAGGACCCAUGACAUGUUCCUGGCAAGCCAGGGGGUUCUGCCUCCUGUUGAUGAAUUAGCAGAUAAGUUAAAGAAAGGAGUAAAGGCGAGGGACAGCUACAGCUUAGUAUUGGAUAAAGUUCAGCAUAAUAAAGCUGUCAAAUCAAAGGAUGCUGAUAAAAGCGAUGCACCCCUAGAAGUGCCAGCUGAAAAUGUAGAUCUCCCAUCAGAAACAAACACAUCAGUUGUAUCUUACAUACCGAAUACUGGAGCAGUGGUGCAAGCCCCUAGCAAUGUGGUUUCUAUCCAACCCCGCAAAGCUCCAGCCAUGCCAAAGCCAAAAUGGCAUCCUCCUUGGAAACUAUACAGGGUCAUCUCUGGGCAUUUGGGUUGGGUUCGUUGUGUAACAGUUGAACCAGGGAAUGAGUGGUUUGCCACAGGAUCUGCUGAUAGAGUUAUCAAGAUUUGGGAAUUGGCAACUGGCAAAUUGAAAGUUUCGCUGACAGGGCAUAUAAGCAGCGUUCGAGGACUUGCUGUCAGCUCCCGUCAUCCUUACCUCUUCAGUUGCGGUGAAGACCGUCAGGUGAAAUGUUGGGAUUUGGAAUACAACAAGGUCAUCCGUCACUAUCACGGACAUUUGAGCGCAGUCUACUCACUCACCCUUCAUCCGACGAUCGACGUACUUAUAACUGCUGGAAGGGACUCAACUGCUCGUGUUUGGGACAUGCGGACCAAAGCUAACGUCCACACUCUAACAGGCCACACCAACACUAUUGCCAGCGUCAUAUCACAAGCAGCUGAGCCACAGGUAAUCACAGGGAGUCAUGACUGCACGAUUAGAUUAUGGGAUCUGGCUGCUGGGAAAUCUAUGGCAACACUUACCAACCAUAAAAAGAGCAUCCGAGCUGUAAUAUUUCAUCCUACAUUAUACAUGUUCGCAUCAGCCAGUCCGGACAACAUAAAACAGUGGAAAUGCCCUGAGGGCGUGUUUCUGCAAAAUCUAUCUGGCCACAAUGCAAUAGUCAACUGUUUAGCUGUUAACCCAGAAGGCGUUCUGAUUUCCGGGGCAGAUAAUGGUACUCUACACUGUUGGGACUGGCGGACUGGAUACAAUUUUCAAAGGCUGCAGGCUCCGGUACAACCUGGAUCAAUGGACAGCGAAUCUGGAAUAUUUUCGAUGAUAUUUGACCAGAGUGGAAGUAGAUUGAUAACAACAGAAGCUGACAAGACGAUUAAAAUCUACAAAGAAGAUGAUACUGCGACUGAAGAAUCCCACCCUAUACACUGGCGACCGGAAAUUAUCAAAAGGAGGAAAUACUAGAAUGAAAAACAUGUAUAUAUUCUAUUGUGUAAAUUUUAUACAAACAAUAUAUUUUCUUAAUAUGUAUAAAAAUUAAUUAUUUAUAUAUAAAUUAAACACUUUUUGAUCAAUACAAUAUCAAUUACGAAGUA